ACGAUAAUUAAUCGUCGAGCAUUCGCUGAUUAUCGUCGAACUUCAUGGCGAAGAUUCGCUGAUUAUCGUCGAACUUCAUGGCGAAGUCGUAUCAAAAACCGUAACGUCACUCGCUCUCUUAAUUUUCUCCUCGCUGCCACUUACGAAAGCCCUCGCGACGAAACCACGUCAGAAACGCUAUUCUAAAAUGGAUUUUGAUCGUUUGAGGAAGAAGAAAUCUGUUUUACCAACCAAAGAAAUCACGGGGAACGGUGCAGAAGAAGGGGAACGGCAAUGAGGAGAGAGCGAGAGGAUGUCCCAACUUUCAUUCCGCGAAUAACACGACCUCUUUCUGGAGACUCCGCGCAUAGAACGCGCGGACGCGACUCACGUCGCGCAACAUAUUCGUUACUACACCGUUACUACGCGUCACGAAGGUUGAAUCACGGGUGCGACGAUGUGUCACUAGGUGUUCGAUUCAUACAUCAACGUGUGCGUUACGCGCGACGAACUGGCGCCGUUUCGUCCUGUUUUUCACGAUUCGUGAAAUUAACAAGUCAGACGUCUAAUCGCAGCGCGAUCAUCCGCUUCCACCCCGUGGAGAACACACAUUUUUGCAUGGUAUCCGAAGAUCGCGCGCUGGAAAAAUGCAGAGAUCCAGGGAACAGCUGACGAAUUGCAGCACGGCGACGUUGGCGACCGAAGUCGCGGAAAACGAAACAACGACCAUAUCCAGAAAGAUCAUGAAUGUCUGCGGGAAAGGUAUGCGCUGGACGCACAUGGUGGAUUUAUUCCUGGGGCUAUCAGUGAUUCUGCUCGUGAUAGUUCUGGAGCUGAAUCUUCUGCCACGUGUGUAUUCGAUGGGCUUCUUCUGCAACGAUCCGAAAAUCUCGUUCAAGUUCACGGGCGACACGGUCUCGAUGGGCAUAUUGAUAGCCGGCAGCGUCGUUCUACCUUUAAUAGUGAUGGGAGCCGUGGAAUAUACUUGUCCCGUUGAGUGUUACGAAAGCGCAUCGAAUUGCAGCAGAAACAGACGAAUCUGGCGUUGGUACUAUCAUUACAGCGUAGGAAUUAUCGCCCUCACAUUAAUUUGCAGUGUCAUAAAGCAAGUGAUCGCGGAACCGCGGCCGCACUUUCUCGACACGUGCAAACCACACGAAGCGAGCAACUGCACCGAUGAAUAUAUCAGGUUUUACACAUGCACAAAUACUGAAACUUCUCAGUGGUACAUCAAAGACGCCAGCAAGUCGUUUCCAUCUGGUCACUCGGCGCUUUCUAUUUACACGAGCAUUUUUCUAGUGUGGUACCUGCAGAACCGCCUGUCGAAGCGAACAUUGUUGCUGAAACCGUGGCUGCAGUGCUUCUCGGCCAUGUGGACUGUGAUAUGCUCGAUGACUCGAGUGGCCGACAACCGGCAUCACUGGUGGGACGUUCUCGCGGGCUGCUCCAUCGGAUUCGUUUUUGGUCUGUUCGUCGUCGUUAUUUCUUGCCAGCACUUUCGUCUCGAGCGCCUCGGAACGACGCACACGCUCAACGAAUACCUGGACAACGGUCAGAUCGGCGGCAACGCGAAACAGAGCGUCAAGAAGCUGCUUAGCCCCGUAGUGGUCGAGGUCUCGGAGAAUCGGGAGAUGAAGAACAUCGAGACUACGCGGACGAAAUAAAGUGCACGAAAAAAUAUGUUACGUCGUAACAUAUAUAUAUAUAUAUACGAUACGAUUUGAAAGAUGAGAAGUGAGGAGAUGCAUGGACGUUCCUAAUUAUGAAAAUGAUCGAAUUCCAGAUCUGAUUUUCGUAGGAAGAUGCGACCUUUACGUAGAAUUCUUCGGAUAAUAUUAGGAAUAUGUUAGCGCCUAGAGUCGGUUGUUUUUCUUUUCGAAGUACAUGCGCGUGUAAAGAGUCGCAUCGUAUAAUCGUGAACAAAAAAUAAACACUUUUCCCUCGGAGCUGUGUUCUUUUUUUGCCACGAUCGAUCGAUCAAAGAGUGAUACGACCGAGAGCACUGUUGUAUCCCUUUGAGAGCGAGGAGCGCACGUAAUGGUAUUUUUAUUUAACUCACUCAAACUGCUCAGUAUAUAGUAGUCGAACGUUUGUAUAUAAUUAUGCAAUUUGUACAUAUACUAUAUCAUUCCGUUAAAGAAAUACACAUAUCAAUAGUCGCAGGCAUAUCGAUUGCGAAGUUUUCGCGAAUUCGAGGUACCACUAGAGAAAGUAUCUGGGAAAAAAAUCCCUUUAUGUGUAUGAACAAAUUCCAUAAUACAACCGGAUCGAAUUUUUUUUUUUUUUUUGUUUUUUUACAUAUGCGAAAGUUUUCUCCGAAUGUGGAAAAAAAUUCUCUCGUAUUUGCGCAUAAUCGUAGACUGAUUUUCAUUUAGGAAAAUCUUGUUUAGUUUACGAAUUUCGUUAAUUUUAUUAUAUUGCUUGCUGCAUGCGCAAUUUUGUAACAUAGUGAAUGAUUUGUGCAGUAAACAAAAAACAGGUGACGCACACACGUACCUUUAAGCAGAAUAUCGAACACAAUGCAUAAAAAUAAACUUAAUCGCUCGAAUAACUGCAACGCAAGAUUUUCUAGAUGAAAUGCGAAACUUUAGUUACGUUUUUAUUUUCCAGACACUUUUUGUAAAUAUUAUAUUAACUCUUAACCCGCGAACUUUGGUAUACGUCGUCACAGAUGUUUUAAUGUGAACUUCGCAUAGAUUUCACAUAAACAAAAUCUCGCAUACAUAUCGUCCUGAUAUUAAUCAGUGACGCGAGGCCAGUUUUAUCCGAAAUUCUUCUCACAGAAUACAAAUAAAUAAUCAUGCAGAAACGAUAUCGCGGUCAAAGAAUCGUUUUUUUUUUGUUGCACAUUCCGAAAUAUUAGAUUUUUCCCAAAUUUACAUAUUUUAUCGCACGUCAUACAUAUCGUAACAUUUUUACUUGACUUGCGUGAGAAUAGCAGCGGAACCUCGUUUCUAUGUUAGACAACAAAAAAAUGUUCAGAGAAGUAAACACGUGUUUUACAAGCAAUAAUAUGUUUUUAGUAGAUAUUACGAUAAAUAUUACAAAUACGAAUCGUUUUAUUACAGUUGGGAAGAAUUUCGGCGCGAGACAGAGAUUAUCACAUUUUUAUAUGAUUUCUAAACUAGCAAAUUUCUCAGUUUUAAGUGUCUCUUUAAUAGAGUAGGUUUUAGAGAUUUUUCUCAUCAGAGGAGCUAUCUUGUUGCCACAUCGACUUUGUCAACUUUAGAUCGCUUUCUUCUAACCGAGAUUUUUCGUUUCUUGUAUCGGAAGUACUUUCUAAUGAAAUAUUAAAUGCGUGCGUACAUACGCACGCGUACGUACACACGCGAGGAACAUAAAAUGUUCACCUGUCAAAGUUAUGGACCAUAAAUAUGAGCGGUGUUUGUAUACCGCGAUGUAACCAGCAAUACGGAGGAUAAUGAUAAGUUAAGCAAAAUUAAAGUGAUUACAUCGUACGUGAGUGUGCUUUAAUACACACGUUGUCGAUUGUUAUUUUUAUAGUGUAUUACGCUUACCUCCCGUAAGAAGCGUGUUAUUUAAGAUAGCGGCCGAUUUCCGGCCGUGCAAUUACGUACAUAUACAUAUGCGAGAAAAUAUUGUAAAAAAAAGUAUUACGUUUGAAAAAUAAUAAACGGGACGGGCUAGUCAUAGAGUCGUCUUUUUUGUUAAAAAAAAAAGCGUACUUUAUAUUUAAUUUAAUUAACGUCUGUCUGUGUGAUGAGUUUUAUCAUUAUUUAUCGUGCGAUUACGAUAGAUUUCGCAAUUGUAUGUACGUGCUGUCGCGACUUAUUUACGACCAAGCGAAUCUAUUUUCUUAGACAAUAAUUUCCACAGUCGUAACAAAUACGUAAUAUUAAAAGUACAACAUACACGUUCCAUUCUUCUUAAAUCAAUUAAUCGAAAUAGUUACUUAUAAAUGCAAACGAAAACCGAGAUAAAGUAUUAAGCUUGGAAAACUAAUAUAAGUACGUGUGUAUGUUUUUGUAAAUAUAAGAAAACAAUUAUAUACAUUUCGAUAUAUGCGUGUAUUAUUGUAAAUACAAGACGUGUAACAUGUGUACAUCUUAAUGCACAUGUAUAUUUCUCUUAGAUAUUGGUACAAAGGUUUUUUUUAGAAUUUUAGGGCCGUACCGGUUGCACAGCCACAUUGAAUUAUGACGUCAGAAGCGAGAGAAAUUUAUAUAAAUUUAAUUUAAAAAAAAAAAGAGAAACAUUAUACAUAUAUAAAAAGUCAUUCUUUUU